GCCAGAUCCACUACAAGCUUCAACCAAGACCUCCCUCUCAAUUAGUAAAUAUGUCAUUCGAGCUGCCGAAGAUCGCCUACGACUACAACGCCCUCGAGCCUUUUGUGGACACGGACACCAUGAACAUCCACCACACCAAGCACCACCAGGCUUACGUGAACAACAUUAACAACUUUAUUUCGUCCGACAAGGGCGCUGCUCUUAAGGGCAAGUCCAUCCUCGAGGUGGUACAGUCGGCCACUGAGGCUCCCGUGCGCAACAACGGCGGUGGUCACUACAACCACUCGCUCUUCUGGACGUGGAUGACCUCGCCUGGCUCCACUAACACGGCACCGCACGGCGCCCUCAAGACCCGCAUCGAGGAGGACUUUGGCUCGCUCGACCAGAUGAAGCAGCAGUUCAAUGCUGCUGCCUCGUCGCGCUUUGGCUCUGGCUGGGCUUGGCUCGGUGUCAAGGCUGACGGUAAGCUGGCCAUCACGUCCACGCCCAACCAGGACAACCCGCUGAUGCCUGGCGUGGACCAGCCGCUCAUCCCCAUCCUCGGCCUGGACGUGUGGGAACACGCUUACUAUCUCAAGUACCAGAACCGCCGCCCCGAGUACAUUUCAGCUUUCUGGAAUGUGGCCAACUGGGACAAGGUCGUCGAGUACUACGACGAGUUCGCCUCGAAGGGCAAGCCCGUGGACAUCUGAAGUGGAGAGCAAGAGGCGGCAACGACAACGCACUCGUCGCUGUGAGGUGAGAACAUGGAGCACUAAAGUCACAGUGUGUCUCUUUAAGCUUGUGACUCCUCAAGUGCUUGAGUACACUGGGACCUCGAUCGCUCCUGGAAGCUCUCCACCCAUGUUAAUUUCAAUGAAAGUUCUUUGUCUUUUAA